GAUGGCGUUCAUGCAGCUUUCAUGAUCGCGUCUGUUUCGAGGAGUUAUUCACUUACGAUUCGAUUUGGUUCGAUUCUAACCACGGUAUGGCCGAUGCAGGCCUGAGUUUAGAUGACAUAAUUAAAAAGUCGAAAUCAUCAGGAAUGAGAGGCAGAGGCGGAGGCGUUCGAAAGCGACUGAACAGAGGAGCUCGAGCCAACAGCUCGGUAAGAGGACGAGGAGGUACUCGUGUGGUUACCGAUGCUCGGUUUAAGAUCAUACAAAAAAAUCGGGAGAAGCUCACAGAUGCCCGGGACAAGCUGGCAGAGAUCGCGAAGCAGAGCGAUGCUAGAUUGAAGCUGGACAAGAUCCGUGCGUCCCAGUUCAAAAAAGACACCCAAAUACCUGGCAUAUCCAGAAAAACUGGUCGCAAUGGCAGGCUGACGUUGUCUACGAACAAAGUUCCUCCCAUGAUGCCGCACACUGUCUCGCAGAAUAUUCCGAAUCAUUACAUGGUGCCCAGCAGUCACAUGUACGUGCCUCCUGCGAGGACAGUAGGCUACAGACCACCGCCGAUGACAGAAUCGCAUUAUAUGGGAGACAUGAGCAUGGACUACAACGAUGAUUAUCCGAUGGAAACGGCGCCUCUGAGAAGAACUGUGAGCAACGAUUACGCUCCCACGCCACCGCCUCCACCGCCUGUGUUCAGUAUUAAACCAACUACAUACAGUUGGGUAAAACCAGCUAGUAAUAAUUUAACGAGAAUCGUUUCAUCCCACAAACCAGAGAUGGACAGAGAACGCGAGAGAAUGUUGGAUUACAAAGUCAUAGCACGUUCUUCGAUGGCCAAGCCUAUUUCCCCUCCGUACAAAGAAGAUUGGAACUUCAGCACGAAAUCACGGACCAUACUGGCAGAAGACCCGAUAGAGACGAAAUACUACGAUCCAAGGGUUCACAGAGACGUGGGCGUAAAGUCUCGAUUAGACUCGAUGAAUACAAAUAAAUCGCGGACGAUGAGCACCCUGCCGCGACCGAAAACAAGCUCGAGUUCGAGCUCUCCGCAGUCGUCUGGCUAUCGAAUCGUCGUGUCCAACCUGCAAGCGAACGUCACUCAAGAAGACAUCAAGGAAUUGUUCGAAGACGUAGGAGAACUGUUAGUAUCUCGAUUGGUGCGGCCUGGUACCGCAGAGGUGAUUUACAAAACAUUGAAAGAUGCCACGAAGGCCGUUGAGACGUAUCAUAAUAGACAGUUGGACGGCCAUCCAAUGAAGUGUUUACUGGUGAAUCCGCGGCCGAAGAAUAAUCCAACCGGACCAGCUGUCAGGUCUCUUACAGAAUCGAGGAGAAGCGUAAGUUCGAGUUACGUACAGCCGAGCUUAGGAACAGUGCAUCGCGCCUUGUUCGAUGAUUCUUAAUCGAUUUGUUCGAUUUUUAAUAUAAAGAGUAUCACAUAUAAUAAAAACAGCGAGUUUUAUUCCAAGUAUCCAAACGAGUAGCAACUGACAAGGAGUAGGCCGACCGAGGAGAAAGCUGGAAACGCGUGCAGGCGAUAAAUAAAAUUUGUGUCGGAAGACAUAUUUUACGCUCGUAGCUUGCACAGAAAUCAUAUUAGCGAAACGGAUAAAAUUGUAAAUUGUGAUGUGCAAACGAAAGGAGAGAAUACGUAAGAAUGCUCGUUGUACAUUUAAUAUAUAGCCAAAUAAAAGGAACGAGCACACUAGGAAUUUUUAAUGCGCCGCUGUUGAUUGUGACUCGAUAAUUGAACGAGUACUCAGCCUUUCUUAAUGUAUCGUUCGAUAAUUAAAUAAAUAAACUGCAUGAUUCUUUUUACAAAACACGAAUAAGAGGAAAUAAGUAAGGAUUAUAAAGAGACAGACGAAUGGUCGAACGUUUGGCACGAUAGAAAUAAAUCUUAGGUGAUCAUCAAA